AGCAACCAGUGAGCUCUCCCGUACGAGUGGGGGAAGGUGGGAAGAAGAAGCAAGUCGGUCGGCCGCCCACCAAAACGGAGCUAUCCUCCCUCCUCACGCGCAGUCUCCCCCUUCUUCUACCCCUCCACCUGCCGCUCAAUCCCACCACCGCCGCCUCCUCUCAGCUCCGAACAGCGGCAGCUCCCUCUCUACCCGGCGCCCAAUAACCCCGCGUGCUUCAAGCUCGGAACAGCAGAGACCACCGGCGCCGACGGCCGGACCACGGGACUUUCAGCUCGGAACAGCCGCGGCGGCCCUCUGCCAGUAGCCGGAGACCAGGCGAGAGGAGCUCAGGGGCCCGACGCACGACCCGGCGUUCCCAUGAGGAACGGCAGCACGAUGGUCCACGCCGCCGCGACGGGCGUGGCGCCGCGGUACAGGGGCGUGCGGAAGCGGCCGUGGGGCAGGUUCGCGGCGGAGAUCCGGGACCCGGCCAAGCGGGCGCGCCUCUGGCUCGGCACCUACGACUCCGCCGAGGCCGCCGCGCGCGCAUACGACGCCGCCGCGCUCGCCCUCCGCGGCCCGCUCGCGCUCACCAACUUCCCCCUCGACGCCGCACCCCUCCCGUCGCUCCCUCCUCCCUGCGGCCGCCGCCGACCCAGCCCCGCGUGCAGCGCCAGCUCCACCGUCGAGUCCUUCAGCGGGCCCAGGCCGCCUCGAGGCACCCGCCUCCCGCCCCGCGCGCCGGCACCAGCGCGCCCAGGCGACGACGGCGGAUGCCACAGCGACUGCGCGUCCUCGGCCUCCGUCGUGGACGACGCCGGCGACGAGGCCGCGUCCGGCGGCAGGUCCCGCGCGCCAGCGCCGCUCGGGUUCGACCUCAACCUCCCGCCGCCGGAGGACCAGGAGCAGCAGGGGCUCUGCACGGAGCUCCGGCUCUGGUAGCCUCCACCACACGGAGAAGCUUGCGAUUUCGUCUGGUCUUCUACUCCUUUUUUUUCUUCUUCUUCUGGUUGGUAGACAGAUAGAGGCUUUGAUUCAGAGCGAUUGUUGUACCACCACUACUAUUCUUUACGCGACGGGAAUUGAAUGAUUCAAGGGACUACGAUUUGUCCCCAAUUUUUUCA